CGGGACUUCUGGCCUCGCUGGCGUGGACGUUUGCGGGGUGGCGCGUUGGUCCUCACUCUCGGAACUGUGCUGGGAAGGAUGGUGGGGAGACUGGGGCUCACCCGCACCGUUGUAGGACCCUGGGUAGGGUGUUGAGUCCGUGGGAGCUGCCCCACGCGGCCUCGUCCUGCCAACGGUCGGAUGGCAGAGGCGAAGGACGCAGCGCAGAUGUUGGUGACCUUCAAGGAUGUGGCUGUGACCUUUACGCAGGAGGAGUGGAGACAGCUGGACCUGACCCAGAGGACCCUGUACCGAGAGGUGAUGCUGGAGACCUGUGGGCUCCUGGUUUCACUAGGGCAUCGGGUUCCCAAACCAGAGUUGGUCCACCUGCUAGAGCAUGGGCAGGAGCUGUGGACAGUGAAGAGAGGCCUCUCACACCCCACCUGUGCAGGUGACAGAACGCAAGUUCAUACCAGAGAGCCAACCACUUACCCGCCAGUCUUAUCUGAGUGGGCCUUUCUCCGGGGAAGCCUGACUGUGGCAUCUUCAACCUCAAGUGACUCGAGGUUGGGGAGAUCUAGGGAUAAGGAAGGGCUUUUGGGAAUGACACCAGAGACAGGCCUCCACAAGGAGACCCAUCCUGGGAAAGCGAGCCUUGAAGGUGAAGGUUUGGGGACAGAUGAUGGUCUGCACUCCAGGGCAUUACAAGAAUGGUUAUCAGCAGAUGUUCUCCAUGAAUGUGACUCACAGCAACCAGGGAAAGACGCCUUGAUUCAUGCAGGGACAAAUGCCUACAAAUGCAAGCAGUGUGGGAAAGGUUUUAACAGGAAGUGGUAUCUUGUUCGACAUCAGAGGGUUCACACUGGAAUGAAACCCUAUGAAUGCAACGCGUGUGGGAAAGCCUUUAGCCAGAGCUCAACUCUCAUUCGGCACUACCUCAUCCACACUGGGGAGAAACCAUACAAGUGCCUUGAGUGUGGAAAGGCCUUCAAACGCAGGUCAUACCUCAUGCAGCACCAUCCAAUCCACACUGGAGAGAAACCCUAUGAGUGCAGUCAAUGUCGAAAGGCCUUCACCCACCGGUCUACUUUCAUUCGCCAUAACAGGACCCACACCGGAGAAAAACCCUUUGAGUGCAAAGAAUGUAAGAAAGCCUUUAGCAAUAGGGCCCACCUAAUUCAACACUACAUCAUCCACACUGGAGAGAAACCCUAUGAUUGCAUGGCGUGUGGCAAGGCCUUCAGAUGCAGCUCAGAACUCAUACAGCACCAGCGGAUUCACACUGGGGAGAAGCCCUAUGAAUGCACCCAGUGUGGGAAGGCCUUUCACCGGAGCACAUACCUCAUUCAGCACUCUGUCAUCCACACUGGGGAGAUGCCCUACAAGUGUAUCGAGUGUGGAAAGGCCUUCAAACGCAGGUCACACCUUCUGCAGCACCAAAGAGUCCAUACAUGAGAGAACCCUAUUGUUGCAAUGAAUAUAGCAAAGCCUUCACCCACUGUCCUUAUUUUAUCAUUCAUAAUGGGACCCACACUGGAGGAAGAAGCCCUUCGAGUGCAAAGAAUGUCAGGAAACUUCAUUUUCUUCCUCAGCUCUUUAACUAACACACGAGCAGUCACUUUGGAGAGAAACCCUGUGAAUACAGUGAAUGUAAGGAUCCCUUCAGUCACCACUCAGUUCUCACUGCAGAAGGAUUCAUGCCAGAGGGAAAUGUGGAAGGCACUCCAUCAACAUCAGAGGACUCAGGCUGGAGAAACAUUCCAAAUAUAACUCUUAAGGACAGUCUUUGGCCAGAGGAAAAAUCUUACUAUCCGAGCGUCAUAAUGAAAAGUUACUACAUAAUUGUCAUUGAUGUGAGAAAACUUUCUGUGACCAGUUUUUCACUUACUUGUCCUAUAAAGAGCCAUGCUGGAAUUUGACCCACCUCGGGAUUUUCUCUAUGAACUUAUGAAAACCUUCGGUCACAGGUAUCUUCUUGCUUUAUGUCCUUACAGACUUCCCUGUAAGAUCAGUUUUAUUUUUUGGUAGGGGAAUGUUUGAGAGGUAAAGGGGUUUUAUUCCCCCCCCCCCUUUUUUUUUUUUAACAUACAUUCACUGCCAUCCUUUGUCAGAGUUGGACAGUGAGGGCAGCUCUUCAAACAUUUCUUGGAAGCUGCCUUUGAUCCAGACCUCUCUGGGAGGAUAUCUAUGAGGAGAGUAAUUCUUUGUGAGAAAUAUGAAGGCUUAUGUCAUGAGAUUCUUGAAUUUACAAGAAAUUAGAAUACUGAGAAUGUCUUCAUGUGACACUUCUAUUUUAUAUCUAGGGUGAGAAGAACCCAUGUACAGAUGGCCACAUUAAAAUGUGCACCACUUAAGACUGUUUAAGGCUUUGAUUUUUUAAAAUAAACAUUAUUUUUUAAGAGAUAGGGACUUGCUCUGUCACCUAGGCUAGAGUGCAGUGGAAUGAUCAUAGCUCCCUGUAACCUCGAACUCCUGGGCUCAAAUGGUCCUCUUGCCUCAAGUUUCUGAGUAGCUUGGGAUACAGGCAUGCAUCACUAUGCCUGGCUAAUUUUUGUAAUUUUAGUAGAGACAGGGUUUUACCAUGUUGGCUGGGCUGGUCUGGAAUUCCUGGCCUCAAGUGAUCCACCUGCCUUGGCCUCUCAAAGUGCUGGGAUUACAAGUGUGAGUCACUGCAACCGGCCUUAAAUUAUUUUGUAUAGAUGGGCUCUUGCUGUGUUCCCCAGAUUUGUCUCAAACUGCUAGACUCAAGUGAUCAUACUGCCUCAGCCUCCUGAAGUGUUGGGAUUAUAGGUGUGAGCCACCACACCUAGCCUAAUAAAGUUUCAGAUGCUCAGCACUCUCA